AGGCCAGUACCGGCAGCCCGAUUGAUAAAGCAACAGAAAGAAGACGAUGUUCUCGGACAGGCUGGUCUUUCAAAAGUUGUUCAAUUUGUCAAAGGAUUGAUUUCUGUGACUUGGUGUGAUUGUUUUGUUUGUUAUAUUUAUAUAUACUAUCAGGCACUAUGAAACCUCCUGCCUCAAUAGGAGAUAUAUACCAAUCUUCAAAAGACAUGCCUCAACACUUUCAAGUGCAUUGUGCUUGUGAUGCGGUAGACAUGCCACAUCAUGCCACAAAGCUGGACAUUAAUCAUUAAAAUUCGCACCUGCGCCGCCAAAGCCGUUUGUUUUGAAAGAUUGAGACCGCAGUGUUGUUCCUUUUACUUCGCAAAGGCCAUGGCCAUGAUGGCAAUGGCAGUGAUGUUGAUGCAUUUUGCAUCCUCUCAGGACCCCGGCAAUUGCUCGGCUCCCGGCUGCGACGAUGCCUCGAUUCUCCAAGUGACCGCUCGAGCCGUCUGCACUUGGAAGCUGAGCGCUUUAGGACACAGACGGACGUGAAAACUGUAUCGUUUGGUCGAAGACACUAGUCCAACAUGAUCAGACAAGUAAUAUCAAACCAGAAUGCCAAAGUUGUCCAAAUAUAUCAAAAUAUUUCCAAUUAUAUAUAUUUAUAAACAUAGUUAAACCUUAUAAAACCAUAUAAAACCCAAGUCUCCUUGCACUGCGCACUUUGGGCAAUUUUUUUUUGUUCAAUAGAAUCUCCAUCCACCAGCCCGGUUCAAAAGAACAUGUAUGGGUUUCCCAAGCGCCUUGUUGGAGGAGGCAACUGCGUUCGUGCUUGUAAUCCAGGUAAAUGCGACCCGACACAACAGAGGCUUCUGACAGGUCAAGCUUUGAAGACUGUGGUGAAAAGCCUUGGGCGGACAUGCAACGGCGAUCCCACGAACAGUGUUAGCAAGUCUGCCCCAUAUAUUUCCAAAGGCAACAACAAGUGCCGUCAAUCAGCUCUUCAAGCUGCAGCGGAUUCACGAUGCAGCGCCAGUGCUGCCUCGGGGAAUCAGAGGAUUUGCUGCUGCGUCAGGAAGAGGACUUCCACCACCAGUUUCACCACCAGCGCAUUCACCACAUUCACAACUGCUUGGCCGAGCACCAGCACUACCUCCACUGGAGGUGAUGACGGUGACCCCCACAUUUCCACCAUUUGGGGAGAUCACUACAGCCUCUUGAAACCAGGCAACUAUGUGGCCUGGAGCUAUUCCAAGGGUUCGGUGGACAUGCAGCUCCUGGCUUCCUACUCCGGGUCCGGAUUCACUACUCAAGGCCUGUUGCUUCUGGAAAAGAAUUCAGGACGCACCAUGGAAUUGACUGCACAGGACUGUGCUUGGCAGCAAAAAGCGCGCGGUUCCAGUUGGCGCCAACUGGCACAGACUGAGCUUUUGUCCACUGAUGGUGCGAACUUUGAUGUGAAGGAAGCCGGCAAAAACACAAACAACUUCCUAAAUAUGGAAUCCGAGGUCAUGCUGAAUGUGCAAUCAGAGCAUGGACCGCGGAAGGUGGCAAGGCUUUUGGUCCACUGCAAACCUGAUGAUCACAUGGACUUCAAGAUCAGUAUGUUCAACAAGAAUGAUAUGGAGCAUGCGGGUGGUGAAAUUGGAGCUACGCCAGAUGAAAAGGAGUCCUACUUGAGCUUCUUCUCUUCCAAGCUAUCGGUGAGAGUGAAGACCGACGACAACUUUCAGGCACAUGGAUCAUGGGUGACCUUGGGUGGCAGCAAGGCUGCAGAAACCUACUUGAACUCCAAGAUGCAACCUACAGCUUCACUUCUCAGCAUGACGUGUACCGAAGUUGCAGAGCGAGAAGCAGAAACGAUUUGUGGCAAACACCUUCAGAAGGAUGGCAAUCACCCAGAGAUCUUUGCUGACUGUGUCUUUGACAUUUGCCGGGGAGCUGGUGGUGAAGAAGUUGCGCAGAGUGCAGCCGCCUUCAUCGCAGCCUAGGUGCAGCAAUGCAAAAUCCACCAUCAGGCAAAUCACUUGCACGAUGGGUGAGAUACCAUGGGCUGAGAUGGGUCCAAUCUUUAAUUAAGUACGGUGCCAAGUGCACCCCUUUUCAAAAGAGCUGUGCCUUGUGCUGAGCAGUCAGUUUUCAACCAACUGAGAAAGAGCACUGUGCACGACUUUGCUUCUAUUGCCGUGGAGUGUGCAAGAAAAGGAG